AAUCUAACUACUACUGUUACUAUUUUCAAUUUUCGUUUUUCUCUUUUCCCUCUUCUCAUUUCCUCUUUAUCUUUCUUCUCAGUUACCUGAACUAGGUAAUAGUUCGGUCAUAUCUUACACUGAACGUACUACAUACCUACGUAAGGUAACUAGGUUUAGGCCGUUUUUGAGUCUGACACGCCACUUGCGUACCGACUCAACUUACUCAACUUACUCAUUCUCUUCGUUGACCUGAGAUCUACUUUGGAUCUACUUCUUACGUGUAGUUUGUUAUUGGAAUAUCAGCUCCGACUUACCUGAUACACAAAACCAAGAAAUAGAUGGGGUCAUAAGUAACAUCGACCACAAUGGACGACCACAAGCAACCACACGACAAAAGUGCCCGCCGCAAUAGCAUCAUCGCGCAGGAUGCCGCGAUGCUAGCGCAGCUUGGCCACAAGCAAGAGCUUAAGCGCAAUUUCUCUAUGAUAUCCAUGCUGGGCCUCGCCUUCGCCAUCCUCAACACCUGGACUGCCCUCGCCGCCUCCAUCACCCUUGCCUUGCCGUCCGGCGGCCCUAGCUCCGUCAUAUGGGGUCUCAUGGUCGCGGGUAUCUGCAAUAUGUGUCUAGCCGCCUCCCUGGCCGAGUUCCUCUCCGCGUACCCGACAGCCGGCGGGCAAUACCACUGGGCCGCGAUUGUCUCGUGGAAGAAAUGGAGUCGGAGCAUUAGCUACAUUACGGGCUGGAUCAACGUGAGCGGGUGGGUGGCACUGACAGCGACGGGAGGUCUACUGGGCAGCACGUUCAUCAUCAACAUCAUCUCCUUACUGCACCCGGACUACGAGAUGGAAGCUUGGCACCAGUUCCUCAUCUAUAUCGCAUUCACGGUGAUCGCGCUCUUCAUCAACGCCUUCUCGACGCGCCUGCUGCCGCUCUUCACCAAGGCCGCGUUCUUCUGGAGCCUGGGCGGGUUCGUGGUGAUCAGCAUCACGGUGCUCGCGUGCGCGGCGCCCAACUACCAGAGCGGCGCGUUCGUGUACGGCAACUUCAUCAACGAGGUGGGGUGGCCGGACGGCAUGGCGUGGCUGCUGGGCCUGCUGCAGGGCGCGUUCGCACUCACGGGGUUCGACGCGGUGGCGCACAUGAUCGAGGAGAUCCCGCACCCCGAGGUGCGCGGCCCGCGCAUCAUGCUGACGUGCAUCGCGAUCGGGAUGGGCACGGGGUUCGUGUUCCUGUCGUGCAUGCUUUUCUGCAUCAGCGACAUCGAUGGCGUCAUCGAGUCCAGCGCCGGCCCGCUGCUGCAGAUCUUCAUGGACGCCACGCAGAGCCCCGCCGGCAGCGUCUGCCUCCUCAUGUUCCCGCUCAUCUGCAUGCUCUUCACCACCACCACGCUCAUGACCACCAGCAGUCGCAUGUCCUACGCGUUUGCGCGCGAUCGCGGGUUGCCGUUCAGCCGCAUCUUUGCGCAGGUGCACCCGAAGCUCGACGUGCCGCUCAAUGCGCUGCUGUGGACCGCCGCGUGGGUCGUCGUGUUCGGGUGCAUUUUCCUCGGGUCCUCGAGCACGUUCAACGCCAUCACUUCGGCGUCCGUCGUUGCGCUCGGCGUUACGUACGCGAUUCCGCCGUCGAUUAACGUGCUCCGAGGACGGCGCAUGUUGCCCGAGAAUAGGCCCUUCAAGCUCACUGGGGCGUGGGGCUGGCUUUUGAAUCUGGUCGGCAUUUUCUGGACCAUCCUAACGACCGUGCUAUUCGUCUUCCCGCCCGAACUGCCGGUCACGAGCGAAAACAUGAACUACUGCGUCGUGGCCUUCGGCGUCAUCCUGCUCAUUGCCGUGGUGACAUGGAUAUUCGAUGGGCGCAAGAACUACAAGGGGCCGCAUAUCGAUGUGGAAGGGCUGAAGAAGGAGGAGGUCGAGGGCGUAAAGGCGGCAAGCACGGAGAAUGUGGACUUGUCGAAUAAGGGCGUUGUGUCUUGAGAAUGGAUGAAAAGAAUAUGAAAAUGGAAGUGAAAUUCAGGGGGUAGAUAAAAGCAUAACAAGGUUAAAAUGUGUAUGUGUUAUGUAUUUACCUAUUGCAAUGCACGUGUAUAAAGUCCGAUCAUCACAUGCGCCCAUAACUAUCCACUACGCAUAAACGUAGACUUGCGAUGACGCGCCUCGCACUAUAUACUCGCACUGCCCUCAUCCUUUCAAACCAGGCCCACGGGAUAGACAUGAAAAAUGGAAGAAUUCAAUGUUUUUUUUGUUUUUUUUUGGUAAGACAAACUUGAUCAACUUGAUUUAGUAAAAAAGGGGAUUCAAGGGGGAUCUUAGGGGGACCAAGGACAUUUUUGUUCAAUGGCAUGAGUUUCCAUACAAUAGAAGUGGAAAUAGUUAGUUACUGUUACUGGAUAUGUAGGUACGUAGU